AUGCACAUCCUGGGGGCGAGUCCCGAGUUCAUCUGCCAAGGGAAACGACAGCCUCUCAGGGCCGGUCCCUGCCCGGGGGCUGGGACGGCCCGGAGUCCCCGGCAUCUAACUCCGACGGCAGCCGUUUUCCGAGCGGGGCCGCGGCUCCGGCACUGCAAGCGGAGGUGCCGCCCGCCACCCAAGACCCCAGAGCAAGAGACUGACCGGGCCUCAGGAUCCCCCGUCGCCGGGCCGCGCGCACCGCCUCCUGCCUGCCGCUGCGACGAGGCGGAGCCCCCGGGCCUACAGUCCCGCGGGGAGGCGGGCCCAGCACUCGAGCCUGCCCUCCCUAGGACCUGCCUAACUUCUCUCCAGCUGCGUCGGCCUCGCAGUGCAGAGGCCCGCGGAGCCUCACACAGGCCGCAGCCGGUUCCUUUCAGCGGCCUGUCCACGCCCCGGAGACGCCCAGGGGAAGGAGAGGGCGCGGCUACAUGGGGAAUGGGAGCUGUAUUACUACCUCCACCCUGGCCCGCCAGCGUCUGGACGAAGAACCGCCGCCAGACCAAUUUGUUAACAUCCCUGCAGUAACCAAAAACAUGAGCUGGAUAAGGAGGAGAAGAGGAGCUGGCCGAAUGAUUUUUAAGCAGAAGCUGAAUGUUCAAUAAGAAUAGAGUUGACGCCUUCAGAGGAGAAGUAAGAAAUAGUUUUCCUGUGUGUCAUAUGAAUAUAUUAGGACUCAGAGAUAUUGAGAUCUCAGGUCACUCUAUGAAAGACUCGUCUUCAAUUUGGGUCAUCUGAAUUUAUAGCCUGACCUCCUUUUAUUUAUACCACAAGCAACCAUUAUAAAAGCAGAAAAGGAAGAACUGGAGGCUGGAGUGCAAUGGCACGAUCUCAGCUCACCGCAACCUCAGCCUCCCAGGUUCAAGCGAUUCUCCUGCCUCAACCUCCUGAGUAGCUGGGAUUACAGGUUCAAGGAAAAGUUAGUGGAAGCCGUUAUCCAUGUCAACAUUGAACCAGAAGUUCUUGCUAUGGCCAUGUGAAGAAGGAAGUGUUUGCUUUACCUUCCACCAUGACUGUAAGUUUCCUGAGGCCUCCCCAGUCAUGCUGA